AUGGCGGCCGUCGUCUACGUAGACUUUCUAACAGUGAAAUUAUGUAAUAAUCCACCACGAUGUCAAUAUCAGAGCAAGCGAAUUAUAAACAGAAGUGGAAUUGGCGACGUAUUUAGGGCGACAGACGGAGACGCAUCAUCAUUACCUCACCACUUUUUACUCUACCACUCCGGCGCACCACCAUGUCAACCUGACCAAACCGUCCGUCCGCCGUCUAACCGUCCUCCACCGCCGUCCGCCGUCCGCCUUCGUCUAAUAAAGCGCGCCGUUCGCCUCGGACGCCUCUUAGUAUCAAAUCGACCAUUGUUCGCGAUGGCAGUGCACACGUUCCUCGCCAUUCUGGCAGCCCUCGUCGCAUUCAUAUUAUACAUAGUGAAAUUGUACACACCGGAAAAGGACAACCACCAGAAAUUAAUAAUAAUAGAUAACCACCACCAUCACCAUCAGAAGUUACCCUUACCCGAGCCCCCAGGGCCAAAGCCGAUUCCGAUUCUGGGUAACCUCCAUCUCUUAGGGAAGUACGAGGUGCCCUUUCAGGGUUUUACCGAUUUGGCCAAAAAGUAUGGGGAUGUUUAUAAGUUGAAGUUGGGUGCUACUCCUUGUUUGGUGGUUAAUAGCGUCGAGAAAAUAAGAGAGGUGCUGAAUCAGAACGGGAAGUUCUUCGGAGGCAGGCCGGAUUUUAUUCGGUUUAAUAAGCUGUGGGGUGACAGGAAUAAUUCCCUGGCCCUCUGCGACUGGUCCCACCUGCAGCAAAAAAGGCGCAAUCUAGCCCGAAAGCACUGCUCGCCCCGAGACGGAUCAUCUUAUUACUCCAAACUGGACGAGGUUGCCCGUCUAGAAAUGUCAGAAUUCCUGCACCAGCUCGAAAUAAGCGUAAAUCCUGGCCAAGAAUACAAACUGAAACCCCUGGUGAUGGCAACUUGUAUGAACAUGUUCAGCCACUACAUGUGUUCCAUCAGAUUCGGCUACGAGGACGACGAAUUUAGGGAAAUUGUGAGGUAUUUUGAUGAGAUUUUCUGGGAGAUUAAUCAGGGAUAUGCUAUAGAUUUCCUGCCGUUUUUGUUGCCGUUUUAUCGUAACCAUAUGAAGAAACUGGAGACUUGGUCGAAGGAUAUUCGGAGUUUUAUUUUGUCCAGGAUUAUUGAUGAUAGGGAACGCGAUUUGGAUCCUGAAGAGCCCGAGAAAGAUUUUACAGAUGCUUUACUGCACAGUUUGCGUGAAGAUUCAACAGUAAACCGUGAGACUAUAAUUUAUAUGCUAGAAGAUUUCCUGGGUGGACAUUCUGCAAUCGGUAACCUAGUAAUGUUGGCGUUAGCCAACGCCGUCAGAAACCCCGAAGUCGCCUGCAAAAUCCAGCAAGAAAUCGACCAGGUCACCGAUUUUAACACCAGGAGCAUCACUUUGUACGAUACCGAAAAAAUGCCUUACACAGUAUCUGCUAUCUCCGAAACUUUAAGAUACUCAUCAUCACCUAUUGUACCUCAUGUCGCCACAGAAAACACCAGUAUAGCCGGUUAUGCCGUCGAAAAAGGCACCAUAGUGUUCAUUAACAACUAUGAACUAAAUACAAGUGAUAUUUACUGGAACAAACCUGAACAAUUCGAUCCUGAACGGUUUUUGGAACCUGUACCCGAAGAUACCAAGAAACAAGACUUGCACAACCAAGAUUUUCAUAAUCAAGAUUCGGGCUUAGAGUCUGAUUCUGAUAUUUUAGACGAUGCAAAUAAACCCAAAAUGAGGGUCAAGAAAAAUAUACCGCAUUUCCUGCCCUUCAGUAUUGGUAAAAGGACGUGUAUUGGUCAAAGUUUGGUCAGGGGUUUCAGUUUUGUCAUGUUCGCCACUAUUAUGCAACAUUACAACGUCAGUACAUCGGAUGUUAAAAAUAUCAAAACGUAUCCAGCAUGUGUUGCAGUACCUCCGGAUACAUUUUCCCUGAUUUUGGAACCAAGAAUAAGAGAGUAG